GAACAUGCUAUUAUUAUGUUGUUUUUUUUUUUCUCAUCGCGGUUUCGUAUUAAUUUUACGGGUUUUAACUAGAUUGUGUGUGUGUGUGUGUGUGUAACGAGACGUGCAUGUGCUGUAAAAUAAUAUAUAGAUCCGUUAUCAUUUCACUACGAAGUUAAAGACACGUGACAACGACGACUCUUGUGAAGCGAUGUGUCAAGUUGGACGUGAUAUGGGUUAUAUGGCCACGAUGUUUCCGUUUUCACCGCCGGGUGAAAAUAAUAAUACGCCACCCGCGGUGGAGGAAAUUAGUGAUCGUGUCGGAGCACAAGACAUUCGCCUUACACAGGUAGAACGCAACAGGGAUGUAAUGCUUUUCGGAGACGAAUCUCUAUUCAAAAAACACAAACAUUUUGCUUCUGUUCUAACGGUUGAUCCUUCAACCGAAUUAAAGAUUUCGUUGGCCGAGCCACCAAUUACAAACAAUACAACGUUGGCGUUGUUGUGAGGUCAGCUCCGGUUGAUAUACCUAAAAAACGUUUUAU